AUGGCAGUCGAGCCGCAGAACAUAAACGCGACUGUCGCACAACCGCCUCAGUCGAAGCCAAAAGCCAAUGUCCUUCUUCCAUUGUAUAUCUAUCCCGCUCCUGGCGCGUGGGACCCUCUCUACGGCGCAUUGUCCCUUCAUCGCAGCGUGAAGUUUACAAUCAUUGUUAAUCCGAGCAGCGGACCAGGGGCGCCACCAUGGUGGCCGAAUCCAGAUUAUGUUCGAGAGGUGCCUAGGCUCAAUGCGCAGCCAAAUGCAGAGACAGUUGGAUAUGUGAAAAUUGAUUACUGUCGAAGACCGCUUGCCGAUGUGUACGCAGAUAUUGAUGCGUAUGCGAAGUGGUCGACAGAUAGUCGGUACCCUGGACUUGGCGUGAAAGGAAUUUUCUUCGACGAAACGCCGAAUCGGUUUACACCAGAGGUGGCAGCGUAUUUGAAUACUAUCACGCAGCGCGCGAAAGAAACAGCCGGGCUUGCAGGCAAUCGUCUCGUAAUCCAUAAUCCUGGGACGGCCGUGGACGCUACACUUGCUCAACCGGGACCGGACCUUACGACAGUGGUGGAAGAUUCGUUUGCUAAUUAUCGUACCGAUGAUUACCAGCGAUGGCUCGCAACGUCGCCUUAUAAUCGAACGAGGUCCAGCUACAUGGUCCAUUCGGUUCCGAAGUGUGAGGUAUCUGCUUUGACGCACGAACUUCGGGAUCGUGCAGAGUAUUUAUUCGUGACGGAUUUGACGCAAGCAUUUUACGAAAGUUUUGGACCGAGUUGGGCGGAGUUUGUUGCGGCUGUGGCGCGCGAAGAUACGCAGUGCAGUGCAUGACAAUCAAUACCCCCCGAGCAGGUGCCUGCUAACGGAUUGUUCUCGAGGCUUUUUUCGUGCAUAGCUCCUCGAUGAGUUUCCAGAUACGGCAACGAUCCAAAACCCGGGGGGAGGAUCUAAUCAAGACGUGGAUCCAGACCAGAGACAGGAAAGUCCUUCCUCAUCAAUAGUUGAAUAAGACUCUUCCAAUAUAGCUCAUCCUGGCACUUUGAUCUCCGAUUUACUUCGAAAGACCAGAAUUCACUAAUAAAUCGGAGUCAAGGCCCCACAAAUGAAGAAAUAGGAUACCAUCUGCGAAGUGAUUUAAGCUCAGGUCAUUGCUUUCUCGCUACACGAGCACGGCUCGAGGUAGUGGUGGCGACUUGAACGUGGCUUAACCAUUUUUUUGAGGUUGGUUCCAAAAGGUUCCCCAAUGCUCGCGAAACCUCCAGUUCUGCUCUUCGUGUUGCCAAAUCUCUAAACGUGAAACGGGUGUUACAAUCCUUG